UCUAGCCUUAUAGCUUUAUAAUAUCAGCUUCGCCUACGUAACUAGCCUAUCGUGAUUAGUCUAUUAUACUCUUACCUUAAAUAGUAAAUGUAAGAACUAUCCCUGAGAAAAGGAUUAUUCUAAGAUAGUCCGAGGAACAUUUAUAAAAGAAAACGCUUUUCAAAGAAAAAUCUAUCUAUAGAUAAUCCUAGGACUGUUCUCUACCUCUGCCUUUGUCUCUAAGGUAGGAAUGCGGAGCCCCUAAACCGAUAGCUUUGCACCGUGUAACAACUCAAGUACACGGAGAGAAUCGGGCUCAGUGCCGGACGGAAAACACGCACAGCCUUCAUGGCACACUAACGGAAUGAACUGCUUCGGGGAGUUUGCUUCGGGAAGUCCAUGAGAUGGCCGAUGAGGAGGUAGGCCAACUGCUCAACCACAAGGUGAGGUUGUGUCAAUGUCGAUAUAUGUGCUUAUUUAGCUAUAUGGAAAUGGGCCGCGGCGUCGACUCGCAAAUUUAUAUUAAAUUCCAGCCCAGCCUAACCCAGCCCAGCCCAGCCCCAGCGCGGCUCGCCGAAGUCAAGCCACUCCCGGGUCAGGGGCUAGCCAGCUGCCUGGCAAGCAGCAAGAACAUCGGAAUGCUUACGAAGUUAUACUCUGCCGACCAAACACUGUACGAAGUACUGUACUGUACUGUACUGUAGAAUAAACACGACAGACAUAAUCGAAUCGAAUCGACCCGAACAAACGACUGGGAGAGGGUUCUCGAAUCAAUUACUUAUAAAGAGACAGACAGGGGCUGUUCCUCCUGGCACGCAGGCCGGGUGGUGGUCUGUUCGUGUUGGAAUGGAUCUUCCUGCAGUGCUAACACCUACCCACUGGCGGCCCGCCCAGAAGCAACAUGGAGCGCAGGCGGUCCCAAUCCAAUCUUACCUAGAGUAGGUCCGAGGUCCUGUACCUAAAUCUACUGUAAAUUUACCUUGACCUUCCAUUGACCCUUGGCCUCGGGACUAAAGGUGGACUCCAGACUAGCAGGGCCGGGCGGGCGUGGCGUGGAGUCUUGCGCGCACAGGGGCAGUGCGCAGAGCCAUGCUGCUGGCCCGCCCCCGGACAUUCCAUGCCUUUCCUGCCGUUCAACCUACAACCUACAACCCACAACCUUUCUUCACAGUCUCAUCAAGAAGUUGGAUCCCCACUCAGUCUUGUGAAAGAAAAAUCGGUCGUAUCGACAUUCGGGGACUUUCAAUUUGAUUCGCCGACAUAAUUUACAAGCCCGCGUUGAAUCCCUCUGAAAGGAGUGGUCGAUAAUGUCCGCUGCAUUGAGCUCGGUAAGUAGUGGCAUUCGACCCCCUGUCUGAAGCUCCGCGCACCCAUUUCGACCACCGAACGCGGUGAAGCAAUGAAAGUUAAGGGGCAACUUUGACUGUAUAGACGACUGAGCCCAGAGACUGACCGAGAGUGAUGUGGGCUAGAUUCGAAAUCGUCGGAAGAAGACUGCGAAGAAGGGGUAUACAAUCCCCAGUUCCUGUAACUGGAUGCCAAUUUUGACCCUUGACCAGCGUCCAGUUUUGUUUGAUGGUAUGCGGAGGAAGCGGAACUGGUUUUGACUACUCAUCACCCGGGGUCCCAUAUCAGACAGCUAAUAGUCUCCGAAGGUAAAACGACAUUUGUAAACACUCUGUGUGGGAGAAAGAUCCUGGAGAGCAAAGACUGUGACGAUGCGUCGAAUGCACAUCUGGAAGAGAGGGUGAGCAUCAAUCCGGUCACAGUUGAAUUAGAGAUGGAGGAGGAGGGUACACGCAUUGCACUUACCGUUGUUAACACACCCGGUUUCGGGGAUCAGAUUGACAACGAGGCGGGCUUCGGAGAGAUAAUCAGCUAUAUCGAGAGGCAGUAUGACGAGAUCUUGGCAGUGGAUUGUCGGAUCAAGCGCAAACCACGCUUCCACGAUACCCGCGUACAUGCCCUUCUCUAUUUCAUCACACCAACUGGCCAUGGACUUCGAGAACUUGACAUCGAGCUCAUGAGACGACUCUCACCUCGCGUGAACGUCAUCCCUGUGAUCGGAAAGGCCGACUCUCUCACCCCGUUUGAACUAGCAGCUUCGAAGAAACUAGUCAUGGAAGACAUCCAGCACUAUCAGAUACCAAUCUAUGACUUUCCUUACAAUGAUGAGGAAGAUGACGAAGACACGAUCGAAGAAAACGCCGAGUUACGUGGACUCAUGCCUUUCGCAAUCGUAGGUUCCGAGGAUGUCGUUGAAGUAUCUGGUCAGAAAAUCAGAGCGAGGAGGUACCCCUGGGGGAUUGUCGAAGUCGAUAAUCCGAAACACUCGGAUUUCCUGGCUGUCAGAAGUGUACUCUUGCAAAGUCAUCUUGCGGAUCUGAAGCAGAUUACACAAGACUUACUCUAUGAAAAUUACCGCACAGAGAAGCUCAGCAAGAGCGUCGAGGGAGGGGCCGAGGCUGACUAUUCCAUGAACCCUGAGGAUUUGGCCUCUCAGUCUGGCCGUAUGACAGAGGAGCGCUUGACUCGUGAGCAAGAUAAGCUCAAGGAGAUUGAGCUGAGAAUGCAGAAAGCUAUCAACGAAAAGAGGCAACAGCUUCUCGUUCGCGAGAACGAACUAAAGGAGUUGGAAGCGAAGAUGUAUCGCGACCAUCCGGAGCAGCUUGAACUUUCAACUUCAACCAUUCAGGUGGGGUCUUGAUUGCAAGUCUGUAUGCCCUCGCACAUUGUCUCUUGGCAUUCGAAAUUCUUGUAUCAUUAUACAUUAGCACUUAUUAAUACCCGCUGCAAGAAGACUUGGUAAUGGAAAAUGUUCGAUAUGGAAUGGCGAAGUUUGUGAUGAGGGACUUUCCCAAUGAUGCAUCACAUCACAUACACGGCAAGAUUUGGCUGACACGGGUACCUAAGAGCCAUUUGAAAUACUUGAGAGUCACCAAUUCCGAGGAGUGCACGCCGGCAAUGAGAUCAGCGCACCCGUCCAAGUUUGCUACACAAUUGUUUCUUAAAUGCACAGCAGUCCGCUGUGCCGACCGUCAGAUCCAGGCACGCCUUAACUUAAUAAAACCUUCUCAUGCGUUUUACUUCAUACCUGGAGCAUCUUUACAUACAUUAAAAUUCGAAGCCUGCUCCGCCGACAAAGUCGGAUCCAUACCAACCACGGCCCCAUUCUGGAGAUUGUCAAGGUUGAUACGUGGGCCGCUAAAGUUUUUCUUCCCAUCCACGAACCAUUGGACGAUGGAUAUCACGAGAAUGAUGGAGAAGACGACACCACAGUAGU